AUGAUCUCCCUCGCCGUCCGCUCCAUUCGUGGAGCCGUCGCCCGUCUCUCCCCAACCUCAUACCAUUACUCCUCGCUGUCCGAUUCAAACGCUCGUUCAGAGCCCGCCUCGCCUGGCGGAUCCAGUCCCGUCCCGGGGUCAAAGCCCUUCCUCGCAAGAUUGACGGCUAUCCUCUUCUUCCUGCUGCCAUCCUUCGUCCAGCGCUGCCUUCGACCCCACGACUUUAAGCACCGCCGUCUGUACCCAACAUCCUGGCUGGACGGCCUGCGCGGUAUCGCCUCUUUCAUUGUUUUCUUCUGUCACUUUACAGAAGGACAUUUUGGCUGGUAUACCGCAAGGUCAUAUGGCGACCCCGAUGAAAACGACCACGUCGCUUCCUCACCUCUGCAACUCCCUUUCCUACGCGUCAUCUACAGCGGCCGCCCCAUGGUGCAUAUCUUCUUCGUCAUCUCGGGCUUCGUUCUUUCUCUGAAGUCCUUGAAGCUGGCAAGGAAGCAUGACUACGAUGGACUGCAUCGUACCCUCUCGAGCAGUGUCUUCCGCCGUGGCUUUCGCUUGUUCCUGCCUACUACUGCUUCGACUUUUAUGGUCUUGGUCACGAUCCGCCUGGGAUGGGUCGGAGAGGCACUGCCGACAUUGUGGGACCAGCUGGUGGACUGGAAGAACGCUGUGUGGAGGAUUACCUUCAGUUGGCAGUGGGAUAUAACCCAGUUUCUCCCCUAUGACACCCAUCUCUGGACUAUCCCUAUCGAGUUCUCUCACUCGCUGCUGCUCUUUAUUGUACUGACUGGUGUAAGCCGCAUGAAGACGUACUUGCGCCUUGCGUCUGUUUUCGCCAUCAUGAUUUACUGCCUCAAGUGUGGUCACUGGGCUGGUUUUGAGUUCUUGAGUGGCAUGGGUCUCGCGGAAAUUGGCCUUAUCCAAGAAGCUCGCCGCGAACGAGCCACGGCUGCUGCUAGUUACGACAAGGAGGCAUCUGACAUGGAGGCCUCUGUCGCGUCGGACCCGCCAUCAAGCUCUAUGGCGACGCGCUUGUUCAAGACAUUCCUCAUCGGCAACCUCAUCUUUGCCCUCUUCGUCGCUGGAUGGCCAAACCAAAAGGCUGAUACCACCCCGGGAUUAGCACCUCUUUGGCGCAACACGAUGGAACCCUUCUUCACCAUGGGCGGUGACCUCGUCUCAUUCCCCUGGUACGCCCUUGGCGCUGUGCAAGUUGUCGCCACGCUGCAGCAGAUCAAGACGUUACAGGACAUCUUUGUGACGCCACUUGCGCAGUACCUCGCUGAUAUUAGCUACGCUCUCUAUCUUGUACACGGCCCCAUGUUGAACCUCUUGUCAAAUCGUUGGAUGCCGAUUGUGUGGGCUUUCGUCGGCGGCAGAGACGAGGCCGGCAUGCUGGGACGAUUGAUAGCCUGGAUCAUCGGAGCCUUAUCGAUGACGGUUCCAGUCGUUUGGGGCAGCGACGUAUUCUGGCGGACGGUUGAUGUCAAGAGCGUGGAGCUGGCGCGAUGGAUUGAGGAUCGUUGCACCCGAGACGAGUAG